UCAACUUGUCAGAAGUUUCAAACGGUAUCAGUUCGUGUAGCAAAUUAUUAUGUUUUCCAAUUCAGCGCAGCAAACGACCGUCGACCGGUCAAAAUACAGAGCAGAUUUCCGCGAGGCGCGAAUCUCUUCUCACAGAGCUAAUUUCCACCAAAAUAAUCCACCCAACUUCGACAACCAACUGCCAUCUACCGGAUAUUUUCAUCAACUGGAACACGAAUAGGCGAAAGUUGCACAGACACGAUCGUCAGUUGUAAGUCCGAGAUGUGUAAUGCGGUUUGUUCUUAAGUGUCGGUCUUCGAGUAUCACUUAUAUUCUCGUUUUAUUUUAAGAUUUUUCAAAAAAAAUCAUUGUGUUGCAAUUGUAAAGUCUCUCGUUGAAGGAUUUAUAUUUUUAUGCAACGUUGUGUUAGAAAGAUUGUUUAUUUAUUUUUUUUGUGUGUAUGUGACAUGAAAAUAUACUCGUGAUAGAAAUUUUAUCGUAUUUUUACGUGUUCGUGUGACAAUUUUUUUUUCUUGCCAUUGUUUCAAUUAUUUAAUUAUUAAUCGUCGAUGUGUUAGUGAAGUGCAAUGUCAAGAUGAUAACGUCCAACGGAAAUCAGUACUUGACUCCGGAUUAUUUUUCAUCGUUACCAACGACAUUGGAUUCGAAAAAGAGCCCUUUGGCUUUACUGGCCCAAACAUGCAGUCAAAUCGGAUCAGAUUCGCCGAAUACCAAAUCGUUGAACUCGAGCUCGGAUAAAUUAUCGAAUAAAAACCAAAGAGAAAAAUCAUCUCCUUCUUCUUCGUCCAACGGUUCAUCUCCGGUAGCUCCGAAGUCGAGCUUUAAACCCUACGAAAGCUGUCUGAAAGACGACUCGACGAAACAAUCCAACGAUAAAAAAUCGCCACCUAAAAUGCUACAUCAUCAGCCAUCCCAAGACUCUGGCAAACUGGUAUCUUCGCCAAGUUCUUCGCCUGGUACCAGGAGGACACCUACGAUGGCCCAAGACACGCCAUCGACUCGACCUCAAAGUAAUCCUACAACGUCUAGUCCACUAACUAAAACGACAGAUCCGUUAAGUUCCUUGAAAUCGUUAUCUCUACCGACGUCCACAUCGCAUAACCUUAUUCCUAACUACCCUUCAUUACCAUUAGACGUAAUGGCCUCUAGUCUGCUAUCACAUCCUUUGAAAGCUGCAGGUAUGAAUCCGUAUCUGAACUAUGGUCGAUUGAAGACCGCCGGAUCGUCAGCUGAGAGCAUGAUUCCAAUUUGCAGAGACCCAUACUGUACCAGUUGCCAAUUGAGUUCGCAUUUACUGGCUGCAUCUGCCCAAAAUGGCAAACCGUGCCCUCCUGGGUGCACUCAAUGUGAUAUCAAAUCUCCUAAUUUCUUAUCCGGUAAUCACGGAAAUACCUUGGCUGCAGCUUAUGCUCAGGCUCAGCUAGCAGCGCUGGCAGCUGCUUCUCAGAUGCCUUACAUAUGCUCGUGGAUCGGAGGCGAUGCCACGUAUUGUGGAAAACGAUUCCUCACCUCGGAGGAACUCCUGCAGCAUCUCAGAACCCAUACUUCGUCCGAGUCGCUGCUAAAUGUGUCUGCUCACUCGUUACUCAAUCGAUCCUACCCGACGCCUCCUUUGAGUCCUCUGUCUACGGCUAGAUACCAUCCUUACUCGAAACCACCAUUUUUACCACCGUCGCUUUUCCCUAUGCAAGCUAAUCCCGCCAUGCAUCCGGCUUUUCCACCGUAUUUGUUUUAUAACUCGAAAUUAGGAUCGGCUUCUCAUCAUUAAGACUACUUUUUUUUCUCUUCUGAUCCCUCCUGAUCCCUUUUUGAUUUUUUCCGAUGUGUUGUUUUCAUUACUCGAAUAAGUGAAAUUGUGUGAUUGAUUAAACGCUUCUCGUCGAAAAAAAUGAUUCUGUUUUUCAAGGGCGACCAAUUCGCCCAUGAUCUCCUGCGCAGAUUCCCAGUUUCAAAAAUAUCUAAGUACAUACCUGUAAUUUGAAAUAUGCCACAGCAAUUUAUGUGCUUCUAAAGCUAUUCAUAUGUAGGUAUUCAAUAAGCCAUGUUUUAGUGUAAAUUAUGUACAACAGCUUCUCGACACCUUUCCCCUCAUCCCUCAGCCUGUAUAUGUACUUUCAUCCCUUCAUUAUCAGUUCCCCAAAUUACAAAAAAAUCAUUAUUCCAUUUACUCUUUUUUUCUUCUUCUUCUUCGAAACUUGUUCAUUAUUUUUUAAUAUUUUUUUGUUUUGAGACGUUUUUGUAUUAUUUUUAAAGAAAAAAGAGAGAAAAAAAGAAGAAAAAAAAACAAGUGCAAUGAUUUAUAUGUAUAAUUUACUCGUGUAUUUCAAUGUAAUACUUACGUAUCUGAUGAAAAUACCUUAAGUAUGGUUCUUUUCUUUUUUCUUUCUUCUUUUUUUUGAGUUUUGUUUUCGUCGUCAAAAUCACUGUUAACCGUUUUUUUGUUAUUUUUUUUUUGUUAAUAUUUAAAUUGUGGUAUUUUUUAAGGUACUCGUAUUAUUUUAUUAGUGUAGAGGUGUUUGAAAAUUACCUCUCAUUAAUACGAAACGGAUAUAAUUACGUUGAUAUUUCGCAUGUGUGACUGAAUACGUAAUAAACGAUGGUAUUUUUAUUACGAAAAUAUACAAGUUUUCAAUUUUA